UUGUUGUGAUUAGAUUUAUUUGCUGUAAAUCGGCCACACUAGGUAGGAGACAUAGUCAAGUGAGGAUUCUUCCUCUAAACCACCUAAAAACGUACUACCGUCAACUCUUAAAAGGAGACCUGAGUUCAUCUUGGUGAGCGAUGGCUACUGAAGAUGAUUCAAUUGACCAAGCUGUUGCAGCACGUCGUGAGAGGCUGAAAGCUCUAAAAGCUGCACAAGGACUGUUGAACACCCCGGAUGAGGAUUCUGUGCAAGUUGAGGAUAAGAAAAAUAAUGACAAUGAUUCUAGGGAAGAAACGAAUCCUAACAUGAAAUUUCGAAAUUAUGUUCCUCAUGAUGAGCAUCUUCAAGAGGGAAAGGUUGCUCCUCCAGUUCUACCAAAGUUCGAAGACCCUGUUGCAGCAAUGCCUCCACCAUCAGGGAAGGAAGAGGAUCCAUUCGUAAAUAUAGCUCCUAAGAAACCAAACUGGGACCUCAGGAGGGAUGUGCAGAAAAAGUUUGAUAAGCUGGAAAGACGAACUCAGAAGGCAAUUUAUAAACUCAUGGAGGCACAAGAAAAACAGAAAGAAUUGGCUGAAGAUGCACCAGACUAGUCAACCUGUGCAACCAGAAUGAGCUAGAUGCUAGAUCCAUUCCUCAAACAAAAAAGUAAAAGGAAAUUGAAAAAAGCUAAAGUGUAAUGAAAGAACCUAGUCAUAGUCAUUUUUAGAAUAGCUGUGUAGUUGUGUGUCAUGUGUAUCGCUUAGUUGGUGGUAAUUCUCAUGAUCUCCAUGGUGGUGGGACUCCAGUAUGAACAUGUCAUUUUUUUUUUAAAAUUAACUCUUUUAAGUUUAAUCUUUUCCGUUUUUUGAAAAGGGAAAAAAAAAAUGAAUCUGGAUUGUUUGGAUAUAGCGUUUGUAAUAACAUGUUUGUUUGAAUACACAUCGACAAUGGUAUUUAGAUCAUUUAGGGGGGAAAAAGUUUGAAAUAAUGGAUUUUUUACCUA